CGCCCCUCCCUCCGCCCGCCGGCCCGCCCGUCAGUCAGUCAGGCGGGCAGUCGGUAGGAGCGGUCGGUGGCUAUCUACCUCUCCUGAGCGGUUCCCUCACUAAUUCUUCCCUGCCAGCGGCGGCGGCUGCAGCGGCUGGGGCGCGGUCUCCCCGUUGGUGCAGCGUGGGCCGAGCAGCGGCCGCGGAGCAUCGAGCCCAGUGCGGCGGCGGCGGCGGCCCGGCAGCCAACAUGGCGGCGGCAGCGGCGGGCGCGGGCCCCGAGAUGGUCCGCGGGCAGGUGUUCGACGUGGGGCCGCGCUACACCAACCUCUCCUACAUCGGCGAGGGCGCCUACGGCAUGGUGUGCUCUGCUUAUGAUAAUGUCAACAAAGUUCGAGUAGCUAUCAAGAAAAUCAGUCCAUUUGAGCAUCAGACCUACUGCCAGAGAACCCUGAGGGAGAUAAAAAUCUUACUGCGCUUCAGACAUGAGAACAUCAUUGGAAUCAAUGAUAUCAUUCGAGCACCAACCAUCGAGCAGAUGAAAGAUGUAUACAUAGUACAGGACCUCAUGGAAACAGAUCUCUACAAGCUCUUGAAGACGCAGCACCUCAGCAACGACCAUAUCUGCUAUUUUCUUUACCAGAUCCUCAGAGGGUUAAAAUAUAUCCAUUCAGCUAACGUACUGCACCGUGACCUCAAACCUUCCAACCUGCUGCUCAACACCACCUGCGAUCUCAAGAUCUGUGACUUUGGGUUGGCCCGUGUUGCAGAUCCAGACCAUGAUCACACAGGGUUCCUGACGGAGUAUGUAGCCACACGUUGGUACAGGGCUCCAGAAAUUAUGUUAAAUUCCAAGGGCUACACCAAGUCCAUCGACAUCUGGUCUGUCGGCUGCAUCUUGGCAGAGAUGCUCUCCAACAGGCCCAUCUUCCCAGGGAAGCAUUAUCUCGACCAGCUGAACCACAUUCUGGGUAUUCUUGGAUCCCCAUCACAGGAAGACCUGAAUUGUAUAAUAAAUUUAAAAGCUAGAAACUAUUUGCUUUCUCUUCCACACAAAAAUAAGGUGCCAUGGAACAGGCUGUUCCCAAAUGCUGACUCCAAAGCUCUGGAUUUACUGGACAAAAUGUUGACAUUCAACCCUCACAAGAGGAUUGAAGUAGAGCAGGCUCUGGCCCACCCAUACCUGGAGCAGUAUUAUGACCCAAGUGAUGAGCCCAUCGCUGAAGCACCAUUCAAGUUUGACAUGGAAUUGGAUGACCUGCCCAAGGAAAAGCUCAAAGAGCUCAUUUUUGAAGAGACCGCUCGAUUCCAGCCAGGAUACAGAUCUUAAAUUUGUCAGCCACAGGUCUCCAGUGUUGUGUCAGACUCUGAUGAAGCAGCCCAAUCAUCUCAGGUUGGGUUCUCUGGUUCAUUCUAAAGAGGGCCAGUCUGUAUCCCAGGCAACUGCCAGAGGGCUGUGCACACCCCCAGCCCAGCAUGCUGAUGUGCACACACCCGAGGGCUGACUGGCCCUCAGAAAUCAGAACCACACCUCCAUGCGCAGAGCUGCUCUCUGAAGGUCCACACGGCAUUGAAAAAUCAGAGACUGACUGUUCUUUGAUACGUUCUAAAAGGAGCAUUGACAGUUUUAUUUCUCUUGCUUCUUUGUACUUUUUAAGUGGAAUUUUAGGGUCACUGUGAGGUACAGUCCUCUAACCAGAAAGUCUUGGCUGUGGUUCCUAAAACCUGGGGCCUGUGGGCUCCCCCAUGGAGUCAGGCCAGCAGGAAACCACCGACUCUUCUAGAGUCCCUGCAGCCCUCAGUUGUGUGCUUUUACUAACCAUGCCCAGUGUGGCUUAACAGGUCAGUGGAUUGUCUUAACCAAGGUACCUAUGAAAAAUCCUGGCUCUUGUGUGUGGUGGACUCAUCAUUUGGACCUUCUUGCAUCACUAAACAUGUACAUAUUAGGUCAUCUAAAGUCAUACUGUGAUACCAGAUGUCCCCAUUAUUAGUAUGUGCAGAUAAGCUCUCAGACUGAUGCUCUUUGGUGUCUAAAAUGCAAGCAGCAAGUUCCUGUCAAAACAUUCCAAUCCUUUCACUUGUGUGAAGCAAAACUCCUGACCAACGAGGGGCUGAUCCUGAGAGCUCAGGAUGGCCGUGCAGACACAAGCCUUCCAACCUGGUGGCUAGGUCAUUGCGUGUGUGCGGUGCAUGACGCCACGUGUGCACACAGCUCCGGCUGCUGCAGGGAUAGCCACGGGCAAGGGGGGGCGCUCAAGACUGGGUGGGGGUCUCAGAGUCAGGUGCGCUGCCCACAUGCAGACCAUUCAGAGGAGACUAUUGACCUUCAUUUGCUUUUAUGUCAAUACGGUUUUUAAAUUGGUAACUUUUAUAUAGUACGGUUAACAGUAUGUUCAUCCACAUAUACUGCACAUGUGCUUUGGGUCCUUCCAUAAUACUUUUAUAUUUGUAAAUCAAUGUUUUGGAGCAAUCCCAAGUUUAAGGGAAAUAUUUUUGUAAAUGUAGUGGUUUUGGAAAUUCGAACAGUCCUUUUGCUUACACAUUUUAAAGCAUCUAUGCUUUAAAGUUGUCAUGCUAACAUCUGAAAUAUACUCUAGUGCGGACGAGAGGCAGGUACCAGCAGAGUGAAUGCAUGGUCUCCCCACUGCAGCCCCAGCGCAGCCUAGGGGUCAAAAGCAACAGGGAGUCCACAGGAGUGCUCUAGGCUCACACCAGGGUUACCUGAAGCUCAUUGCCUUUUUCGUGCUGUUUAUCCAUGUAGAGCACUCAAGAAAGUUCUGAAACUGCUUCGUAUCUGCUUUGUACUGUUGGUGCCUUCCUGGUAUUGUAUGUACCCCCAAAUUCUGCAUAGACUAUUUAGUGUAAUGGUAAGUGUAAAACAAAUGUUAAAGGAAGAUUUUAUUAAGAACCUGAAUGUUUAUUCAUUAUAUUGUUACAAUUUAACAUUUGUGGUUUUGUGAUUUGGUUAAUCUGUAUAAAAAUUGUAAGUAGAAAGGUUUAUAUUUCAUCUUAAUUCUUUUGAUGUUGUAAACGUACUUUCUGAAGAAUGGAUUAUUUGAAUGUUUAUGGCACCUGACUUGUUAAAAAAAAAAAACCUACGAAAAAAAUUAGAAUCAUUAA